AUGGUUGAUAAUGAUGGUGAUGAUAUUUUAGUUACUUUUAUUUUACUUGAUGCGACACCACGUACAGGACCAGUAGAAGUUCCCUUGCACGAAGCUUCGCUCACUACAUCUAUCCAACGUCUUCGUACGGUAAUCGAUGUGAAUAACCUGGUCUUUCGAGUAAAAUACGGUACCAACGAAGCUAUUCUACAAGCGCGAAACAAUUCUCUUCAAGUCAUCUAUACGAGUUCUGAUCAAAAUGUUAAUCAAUGUGUUAAUCAAACUUUUGUUACAACUCAAAACCCUGACGAAUGUCUCGGCACAACAACUCAACAAAAUCAAAAUCUUGAUAAAGGCAUCGACAUAGUUUACAAGGGUUCAGGCCCAUUAAUCACUGGUCUCUGGGUUGGAUUCAUCGUUUUAGGCACUUUGAUCGGUAUAGUUGGUGGCGUUUUUGUUUUGAAACGUUUCUUCAAACGAUGA